CACGUGUGCAUUAUUUAUUUUCAUCAGACGUCGCGGUGCUGUUUAUUCGGCCCGGCCUGUAAUAAAUCAUGGUGGUUAUCGCGGAAAUUGGUUGGCGCGAGGCGUGAUUUGUUUUUUUCUUGAUUCGGCUGGUGGCGUCUCGCGUUUCGCCAUGGCAACCGAAAAUAACAGAAAGGGUGCUUGAAGCAGCUGGCCGAGUGCUCACCCUCUCAGUACUCGCGUGCUUUCUUCGGCAGCGCCAUAUGCAUGGCGGACGGCCUGCUUUUUAUUAUCUGACCAGCAACAGCAUGGGGUGAAGGCAAAGACCUUGCGUCAGCACUUCUUGGCCGUCUCGCGAGCCGCAAAUGAGCCUGCUCAAGUUCCUACUCGGCUCCAAGUUCCAGCGGGAGAAGUGGAAAAAGCGGAAGGAGCAGCAAGAGGAAAAAAUAAUCUCCAGCGUUGACCUUUCUGACCCCCACCAAAGACGACAACUGAUGAACUGCAUUGCGUACAGCCCUGGGAUACGCGACGACGGCUUUGUCGAUAGUUGCCGCGAUGACUUGUCGUUGACGAUCUCCGAAAGUUCCACCGCCACCGACUUUGAAAACGUAAUCACCGUCGUCGAGGUGCACAACGACACUCAGGACGAACUCGACCCUGAAGAAGUGUCGCUCAAGAGCAGGAAUUCGAUCGCUGCGGACGAAUCGGCAAGCCAACUUGAGGCUGAGGACGAAAAUGAUGAUCAGGAGGAGGUCGACAAUAAUUUUAGUGGAGAAAAAGUUUUAACCACAGAAGAAAAAAUAACAGAAGACUGCACAGAAGCAAAGAUUGAAAGCGAGCUCAUUGCUGAAGAAGAAAAUAUUUUAGCUGAAAAUUGCAACCUAGAAACCACUUCCAUUGUCACUGACGAGGAGAACCUUCCUGACCAGCGAGUUCCCGAUCUGAGCGGCUCGUCAUCUGAGUCGACAGGAUCGACCACCCUGACGCCGGCGCUGUCAAUCGAGAUGGAGACGCAGACUGAGGCGCCGAUAUUCGAGCUAAAACAGGAAAGCGAGACGCAGACUGAGGAUAUUCCGGAAGCAGUGUCGCUGCGGCCCAACCACCGCUACCAGAUGGGCCAUCCGCACGAGAUGCGGUUGCUGUCGGUGGCCCUUAGCGAGCUGGAGGCCGACAUGCUGGCCGCUGGCAACCAUAAAGCCGCCUUCAGGGCUUGCAGCUGCUCGGGAAAUGCGAGGCCUAACGGCCCUUCGCCCAAUGUCGGAUUCAGUGUGGAAAAAAAUCGCCAAAUCGCUCGAGAAAAUGCCAAUUUGCUGGGCCGGCUGCAGAGGACGCAGUCAAAGAUUAAACGGCCGAACGCGACAGCAGCUUUCAAACCUGCCGAGUCGAGUUACGCGAUCAACCGCAGAAAGCAGCAAGAAAAGAUCCAGAGAGAAAACCUUAUCAUCCUGCGGAAAAUUACUGAUGCACGUGGUGGACCAAAUUCGAAAAAAGCAGCAGGCAGUAGCGCGAUGGUCUCAUCCUACAGCUGAAUUUGUAAAUUAAUAUUGUCGAGAAUGUCAUGUUUGUACCCGUGUGUUUUGAAUAGAUUAAAUGAAAUUGGAAAAA